ACAAAUAACGUUCUUGACAAAUGCAGAGAAAAAAAGGCCCCUCACAAGCCGUGCCUGGCGCAUCGGGUAAUAUCUUGCCCUCCGUGCCGCAGCAGAUACCGCAGUUGCCGGUGAGACCAGCGCCUCCUCAGCAAGGUGGCGGACGGCCGUCCUGCAAUCAGCAGCAAGGAACCCAGGAUCAAACUACUGCAGGACUGAUGCCAUCACCCGGGCACAGGCCAAUAAACUCGAAUGCAACAGCGCCAGGUUCACAUCAGCUGCCCAGUUUACCAGGUAAUGGCUUCCCGUCCAACCCAAAUAAUAGAGGAACAUCAUCGUUUCCACAGCAGAUACCGCACUUACCAGCGAACAUACCAGUGCCUCCAGAGCUAGGGGCAGGAAGACCGUCCUCCAAUCAGCAGCAAGGAACACAGGGUCAAACUACUACAGGAGUGAUGCCAUCACCCGGACGCAGGCCAUUGAACCCCAGUGCAUCAGCGCCAGGUUCACAUCAGCAGUCUGGUUUACCGCGUAAUAGGUUCCCCUACCACCCAAACAAUGAAGGGGCGUCAUUGUUUCCACAACAGAUACCGCAGUUGCCGGCGAGUAUUCCAAUGCCUCCACAGGAGGGCGUAGGAAGGCCGUCCGCCAAUCAUCAACAAGGAAACCAAGGUCAAACGACUUCACGAAUGGUGUUAUCGCCUGCACAACAGACAUGGAACGCCACUCAACAAGAAACAACUUCCCAUCAUCGGCCUGCUUUAACGGGAAGUAGCUUCCACUCCCAGCAGAAUACAGGAUGGGCACCACCGUUUCCGCACCAGAUGCCACAGUUACCCGCCAGUAUACCAACCACACCUCAGCAAAGUGGAGGAAUGCCGCCCUACAAUCAUCAGCAAGGAACGCAGGGUCAAGCAAGUUCGGGAAUGAUGUUCCCACAUGAACCUCAACCGGGGAACCUCAAUUCAGCGGCGUCAAAUAGUCCACAUCAGAGGCCACAACAAACGGGAAACAGUCUAUUGCCGCCAGUGAACCAACAGCCGCAAUUCCCUGCAGGAUGGACUGAGUUUCCCCAGCAAUCUGGGCAACAGCCCUGGAUUGGCUCAGGAACGUCGCAGCAAUCAUCACUACAUCAGUCCAAUCACGCAAUUGAGCAAAAUAUCUCCCCUCAACAGCAGGGUACUGGCACAGUGCCAGUAGCCAAUCAGCAGACAGAACAACACCAAAAUAAUGGAUUGGCAGCACAAUUCCCUGCGUCAUUUCGGGCUCUGAACCCCAAUGAGCUGACGCAGGAGUCAAUAAAUCGCCGAGUGGGGUCCAUUCAGCAACAGCAAACGCUGCGGAGCACUUUGCUUGGCCAAAGUGUCUCAACUUAAAGAAUAUGGAGACAAUGAACAAUGGAUAUGGUGAUGGUACCCUGGACUGCGUAAGCAGCCAACACCUGCCUUGUCCACGCGCAUACGUGUUCCGAGAAAACAUUGAGACCGUGCUGCAACAUAUGCGUAGUGUCUUAGACUUGUCAACGCAGUAUUGAGGCACAUUGUAAACUCGGAUGUUUACCUACAAUUAUUGUCCAUGAGUGCCAUGAAUAAUACACAGAGGAAGAGCUUGAACCCAGGAAAAUGAUACCUAAGGUCGUGUCUGCUAUCUCUAUUUUAUGGAUGGCCGGAGUAUUCGGUGCUGCAAGACCAACACAGCUUAACCCAUACAAUUCCGAGUGCAUAAUCCGCUUUCCUGUUUCGGAAACCAAAAACUGCAGACCCGUAAGAUAUUAUUAUAACAACGAAACUGGCAUAUGCCAAAAAACAUGCUCUCAAGAUGCCCCAUUCAGUACAAGAAACGAAUGCGCCAUGAUAUGCCGAAGCUCAAUCGCAUGCUUCCUUCGAAGAAGGCGCCAACGCUGUUAUGGACGUCGCAAAGUCGUCGUUUUUCGCUUCGACGUGUAUCGACGUAAAUGCGAUGCGAAGAAAGGCUGCUCCUACAGAGGGAACAAUUUUCCAACUUUAAAAGAGUGCACCAGCACUUGUGGAGCUGGUGUAGGCUCAACCGAAGUGAGUGCUGGUGACGAGGAGGGUGAGAGCUCUUUGGAGCACCAAACACAUGAGCAAGGCCCAGUUCCCCAGUUACCGGGACCAAUACAAGCAAUCCCUACCUCCCCUAUUAGGCCGGAGGUACCGAAUAUUGGGAGACCACCCAGCAUUCCACAGCUGCCCACGGCGAAGCCACUACUUCUUGGUGUUCCUGCCUUGAAUCCAGCUCAGAAACCUGUUCAGCCCUCAGAUACCCGAAUUUUAUCUGAGGUUCCACAACGAGAUCAGCGGUGCGCUAUCACGAUCCCAAACACCACAAGGACUUGCAAUACGUCCAAGUUAUACUUCGAUCAAAACAAGCACCUCUGCCGUGUUACCUGCUCCGACCUGGCUCCCUUUGAAUCAAGAUCAGAAUGCAACAGCGUAUGCAGAAGCGCUGUGGUCUGCUUCGAUAAAAGCCAACCGGAACUGUGUAAGACCAAUAACAAAAACAUCGCCUUCUACUUUGAUUCACUUAAAGGGAAGUGCUACGCAAGAACAGUUUGCAGUUACAGUGGAAACAACUUUCCCACUAUACAGGAGUGUAAAGACACAUGUAAUCCAUACGCAGGAUAUAGAGGGUCUGAAGAAGUAAUCAAGGAAAGUUCAGUCGUUCCAAGCAACAUCGGGCCAUCGCAACCGGUGAAUAAAGGCGUGGGAGAGCCUUCCCCGACAAGUAUACCACAGGUAGAGAAGGCGCCACCAGUCGCAACGCCGAGCACGCGUGUCCCACCUUCUGCAGGGCCAGUGCUAACACCUCCGAUAUUGAGGUUGCACGGUGUCUCAGAUGCUGCAGUCACGUUGCUAAUUGCGCAAAAGGAUCCCAUGUGCAGGAUAUCGCAUCUGAAGUUCGCAGCCAGCAACUGCAAGCACCACUAUUACUAUUUCAAUCAAGUUAGCCGCCUGUGCAAGCCAACGUGCUCUGAAACGGCUCCAUUUGCUGCAAGGUCGGCUUGUGACAAAAUAUGCAGAAGCGCCGUCGUCUGCUUUUAUCAAAGGGAAGAAGAAGAAGAAGACUGCGACGUGCGUCACAAAGCGACCGUCUUCUCUUUCGAACCCAGGAAAGGAAUAUGCAUCAAACGAAGAAGCUGCUCAACAAGGGGAAACAACUUUCCGUCUCUUCGGGAGUGCAAACUCACGUGCGCUACUUACACGGGGUUUCAAGGAACCGCUAAAGUUGAUGCUGAUAAGCCCAACGUCCCUAUAGCCAAGGAACCACCACAGCUACCGCCUCAGCAACAUCCCACGGAAAAACCGCCAAAUAUAGGAUUGCUACCGGCAGUCCCCGGGAGCGUCCCACCUCUUCCGUCUGACACCGGAAGAAAGCCAGCACUCCCACAGCAAGAUCACAGGUGCACCAUUACCGUCUUCAAUGUAAAUGCGAAAGGUUGCGAGACACCGAUGUAUUAUUUCGAUUCCCGGACACAUCUCUGCGAUCCCACAUGCUCCAGCGUGGCCCCAUUUCAAUCAAGAAGUGAAUGCGUCGGGAUUUGUCGAAGCGUGCUCGUGUGCUUCUUCAGUCGUGCUCAAAAUAUAUGCGGUGGCAUUCGCAACGUAACCGUGUACUACUACAACCCACUUAAAGGGAGAUGUAUGGCAGGCAAAAGCUGCACAUACAGAGGGAACAACUUUCCAACAUUGGACGAGUGCCGGCGAACGUGUGGUGCAUUUACAGGAAUAGAAGAGCCUGGUGAGGAAGAUAGCAGCAAGGUCAUCCCAGAAAUCAGCACUAAGCCAACGAAAGAGCAACCUAAAGGGCCUGAGACGCAGCCGAAUCCGAUUAGUGCUGCGCCUGCACCAACGAAACCACCUAGUGCUGCACCCCCGACAACUGGGGCUGCUUCGAGGCCAGGACCAAGCGUCGCAGGUGUACACGAGCCUGCGCAAGUCGACAGCGGCACCGGAUUUCCCACAGCAUCAUCACCGACCCCGAGUCAAGAAGUUCCAACACCGAACCAGACCAACACACCGACGGUGCUACCCUCUCUGCCGCAGACACCAAUGCAGCAACCUGUCGUGCAGCAGGAAGUGAACCCGCCGAAGGUAUCACCGAUGCAACAGUAUAUCAAGCAGCAGGAGUCGAACAUGAAGAUCGGUUCGACAGUUACUGAACGACCAUCAAAGCAGCAAGUCACUACUGCCGUGCCAGCGCAACUUCCCUCAUCUAUGCCUCAGAAGCAGACGAGCAUUUUACCAUCUGCAUCACAGGUUCAAAAAGAGACCCUGGCAGGACCAAUGGAAUCCCAGAAGUAUGCGCAAGUUCCGAAGUCAUUCACACAGCAGACCUCGUCGGGUGCACCACAAAUUAAUCAAAAUCUCAACGAGAUUUCCCAACCGGCACAAGUGGUCUCGCAAAUGCACCCACAGGCCACAGAACAGCGACCUAUCACCAUCAUAGCUUCACCUUCAAAUCAGCAGCUCCUAACGCAGCAACAACCAGCAAUUGCCGUCGUCCCAAAUCCAUACCCGACGCAAGACGUAAACAAUCAGAUGUUUUCAAUGUAUCCCAGGCCACUACUCUUCGGAUACCGCUGACAUGCAGCGAAUGUAUCGCCAAGAACAUGUGUGGAAGAAUCAAAAUGACGACAAACGCGAUCCGCGGAUAAGAACGGAAAUAAAAAUUUCCCUUUAUGUUGAAUACGAUUUCAACGGUGCAGCCUGCAAAACGGGAUGUAAUAAACGUAUCUCUUACGCGCUGCUCCA